AUGCGGCGCCUCCGCCUGCGCCUCCCUCUCCUCCUCCUCUUCACGAUCGCGGCCGUCCUCUGCCUCCUCUUCUUGCCCUCCCGGCGGUCCCCGCCGCCGGAACCGCCGCUCCCCUGCGGCGCGGCGCCGUCCGACGCGACGGCGGGGCGGUGGGUCCCGACCCCGGAGCCCGUGCCGGCGCCGCUCUACACCGCGUCCUGCCCGUUCCACCGGGGCUCCUACAACUGCCUCCGCAACGGCCGGCCGCCGCUGGCCCCGCUCUCCUGGGCGCCCGCGCGCUGCGCCGGCGGCACCAACGUCGUCCCGAGGAUCGACCCCGCGGCGUUCCUCACCGCCGCCAGCGGCCGCCGCAUCGGCCUCGUCGGCGACUCGCUGUCCGAGAACCUCGCCGUCGCGCUGCUCUGCGCGCUCCACUCCUCCGACCCCGACGCGCGCAGGUGGAAGCGCCGCGGCGCCUGGCGCGGAGGGUACUUCCCCCGGGCGGACGUCACCGUCGCCUUCCACCGCGCCGUGCUGCUCGCCAAGUACACGUGGCAGCCAGUGGAGAACCCGGAGGAAAUUCAGAAGGAUGGGAAAAAAGGGAUUUACAGAGUGGAUGUGGACAUUCCUGCUGAUGAAUGGAUAAACGUCACAAAGUUCUAUGAUGUGCUAAUUUUCAACACCGGGCACUGGUGGGGGACAUACAAAUUCCCAAAAGAGACCCCCCUUGUUUUCUACAAAGAUGGAAAGCCGAUCGAGCCUCCGCUCAGCAUUCCGGACGGCCUGAAACUAGUCCUCAAAACCAUGGCGUCUUACAUCGACAGGGAGGCCCCGAGCACGACGCUGAAGCUAUGGCGCACGCAGUCGCCUCGGCACUUCCAUGGCGGCGAGUGGGAUCACAACGGCAGCUGCGUAACCGACAGACUCCUCAAAGAGCACGAGCUAGACUCUUGGUUUGAUCCGCGGUUCGGGGGCGUGAACAAGGACGCGAGGACGGUGAAUUCAGUGAUCCAAGAAGCGCUGGCAGGGUCUGGGAUCCGGCUGGUGAACCUGACGUACAUGAGCGAGUUCAGAGCCGACGCCCAUCCGACGACCUGGCUGGGGAAGAAGGACGCGGUGGCUGUGUAUGGGCAGGACUGCAUGCACUGGUGCGUGCCUGGCGUGCCGGACACUUGGGUCGACAUCUUGGCGGCACAAAUCUUGCAUUACUUCAAGCAGCUGGGAAAACGCUGA